AUGACAACAGCUGCAGAGAGGAAGUAUAUUAACAUUAGGAAAAGGUUAGACCAGCUGGGCUACCGCCAGACUCUAACAGUGGAGAGUCUGCCUUUGGUAGAAAAACUUUUCAGUGAUUUGGUUCAUACAACAGAAAGCCUGCGGCAGAGCAGGUUGUCCUCGGCAAAGGCGGAGAAGGAUAGUGCCAAUUGCGAUUUUGUUUUGGAACCUUAUAAACUUGAGAAUGUAAGGCUGAGUAGGGAGAAUAAUGAAUUGUAUCUGGAGUUGAUGAAGCUAAGAGAACACUCAGACCAGCACAUUAAAGAGUUGAAAACUACACUGAAAAAGUGUUCACAUGAGACAGCUGAUCUGAAAUUUCUGAAUAACCAGUAUGUUCAUAAACUCCAACUCCUGGAGAGAGAGAGCAAAGCUAAAAAUGAAAAAAUCCAACAACUUCAAGAAAAGAAUUUGCAAGCUAUAGUACAAACUCCUGGUGGCAAGAAAAGAAGCAUUGCAUUUAGGCGCCAGCGGAUGCAAAUCGAUGAACCAGCCCCACCCUCUGAAGUCAGUUCAUACCCAGUCCCGCAGCCAGAGGACCCAUACAUUGCAGACCUCCUGCAAGUGGCUGAUAACAGGAUUCAGGAACUUCAGGAGGAAGUCCUCCAGCUGCAAGAGAAGUUAAAAGUGAUGGAAAAUGGAGUGAGAGGUUACAGCAAGCAGAUUGAACUAAGAGAACGAGAAAUAGAACGGCUGUCACAUGCUUUGGAUGGUGGUCGUUCCCCUGAUGUGCUGUCUCUGGAGACUAGAAAUAAAACCAAUGAAAAGCUUAUUGCUCAGCUAAAUAUUCAGGUUGACUUCCUGCAACAAGCUAAUAAAGAACUGGAGAAGCAUAUUCAAGAACUCAUGGAAACCAAGGAAACGGUGACAACCGAAGUUGUGAACCUAAGUAGCAGAAAUGAAAAGCUCUGCCAGGAGUUAACGGAAAUCGACCAGCUAGCACAGCAGCUGGAAAGGCACAAAGAGGAAGUGCUGGAGACGGCUGACAAGGAGCUCGGGGAGGCGAAGAAAGAGAUUCAAAGAAACCUCUGUGAAAUGCGGAACCUUGAGGAAAAAAUGUCAAAACUUCAACUGGAAUUAGACUUAUGCCAUAAGGAAAAGGAGAGACUGAAUGGCGAGCUCCUUCUAAAAUCAGACCUGGAAACUGUUGUUCAUCAGCUUGAAGAAGAAAAGUACAGACUUAGCAAAAAGUUGGAAAGCUUUGUAGUCACAGAAAGAGAACUGACUUUGGAAGUUGAGAGGAUGAGGCUAGAACAUGGGAUAAAACGCCGAGAUAAGUUGCCCUCCCGUUUAGACACAUUCCUGAGAGGCAUAGAAGAGGAGCGAGACUAUUACAAGAAAGAGCUGGAGAAACUCCAGCAUGCCAUCCAGCGAAGAACUUGUGUUUACAUGAAUUACUAUGCCCGGGAGAAAACCUCAACAUAUAAAGGCUCAGAAAAGGGUGAUCACAAUUCAGACAUUCAUCUGAUCACAAGAGAAAGAGAUGAACUUCAGUACAUGCUAGAAAGAUUUGAAAAGUACAUGGAGGAUAUACAGUCCAAUGUGAAACUGCUCACAUCAGAAAGGGAUAAACUAAGUGUCUUGUAUAACGAAGCGAAGGAGGAGCUAUCCACACUGAGACAAGAACCCACUAAUGGGACAGUUACCAACAGUUUUGUUAAUUGUAUUGAAAAGGAGAAAGAACGUGCAUUAUCUGACUUAAGAAGAAUUACAGCAGAAAAGGAAGCUCUGAGAGAAAAGUUGAAAAAUAUCCAAGAAAUGAAUGUUUUGGAGAACUCAGAAUUAGAGAAAACUAUUGAACAUUUGACAUUUAUGAAUCACCAGCUUGAAAGUGAAAAGUAUGAAUUGCAAUCUAAAAUAUUAAUAAUGAAAGAAACAGUAGAGUCAUUAGAGAACAAAUCAAAACUCCAAGUUCAGAAGCUUAGCCACAUGACUGGAGACUCAUCCCAUCAGAAAACCGAGAUGAACUCCCUUAGGAUAAAUGAACAGCUACAGCGGUCACUUGAUGACUGUCAGCACCGGCUUUCCAUAAAAAGAGGUGAACUUGAAUCAGCCCAAGAAGAAAUUAAAAUUCUGGAGGAAAAACUAGAGAAACUAAGCCAUAAGAUGACAUCACAGAGCGAAGAAGCUCACGCGAUGAAGAAGACCAUUGGUGUGAUUGACAAGGAAAAGGACUUUCUCCAGGAGACGGUCGAUGAGAAGACAGAAAGAUCGCCAACCUGCAAGAAAGCCGCCAGUAAAGAGAAAGCUAUUGCCCAGAUGAGGGCCACAGUCACAGAGUAUGAAACAUCUUUGAACCAGCUAAAGGACACCUUGGCUAAUCGAGACCGAGAGGUGAACAGCCUCCGCCGCCAGCUUGAUGCGACUCACAAAGAGCUUGAUGACGUUGGGAAGUCUAGAGACAUCUCCUUUAAGGAAAACAGAAGGCUACAAGAUGACCUGGCCACGAUGGCAAGGGAAAAUCAGGAAAUCUCAAUGGAACUGGAAGCAGCAAUACAAGAGAAAGAAGAGAUGAAGAGCAGGGUUCACAAGUACAUCACUGAGGUGUCACGGUGGGAGAGCCUGAUGGCUGCAAAGGAAAAUGAAAACAAAGACUUACUAGACAGAUUCCAGAUGCUUCACAGCCGUGCUGAGGACUGGGAAAUCAAAGCCCAGCAAGCUGAAGGGGAGAGUAGCUCGGUCCGCCUGGAGCUGCUGUCCAUAGACACAGAGAGAAGACACCUGCGAGAGCGAGUGGAGCUCCUAGAAAAGGAAAUCCAGGAGCACAUAAACGCACAUCAUGCUUACGAGUCUCAGAUCUCAUCAAUGGUAAAAGCCAUGGCUCGGUUAGAAGAAGAGCUUCGACAUAUUGAAAACGAGAAGGCAGCAGUGUUAAACGAUCUGUCAUCUCUCCGAGAACUUUGCAUUAAGCUUGACUCAGGCAAAGACCUCAUGACCCAACAGCUGAAUUCCAAAAGCCUUGAGCUGGAGAAGGCAACAGCAGAAUUAGAAAAUAUAAAAUCAGAAUCAGAACUAUUUAAAAAACAACUGACAAGUGAGAGGCAGACAAUUAAAAAUCUUGAAUCGUUGUUAGCUACGAACAGAGAUAAAGAAUUUCAUUCCCAUCUGACCUCCCAUGAGAAGGACACAGAAAUCCAGCUGCUGAAGGAGAAGUUAAACCUCUCAGAAAGCAAACU